AUGAUGAACAAUCGGAAUCGAAGCCGAGAUGUUUCAUCAGAAGAUUCAAAUAGAUCAUCACAUAAGCAAACAUCAUCUCAAAAUAAACGUCAACAAUUAUCAACCGUAUUUAAUAAAACAGCUGAUGUUGAUGAUCCACCAUUUAGUCGACUCUUUUUACUUAUACCAAAAGCUAUGUCUGAAGAUGAAUUACGAAAUGCUUUUCAAAUCCAUGGAACAAUUCAAGAUAUACAUAUGGUACGAGAUCGACGUAGUCAAGAAAGCAAAGGUAUUGCAUAUAUUAAAUAUGAAAAAGCUUCAGCUGCUGCUCGCGCAAUGGAAGAAAUGAAUGGAACAAUCAUAUCUCCACAUGUUCGACCAUUAAAAGCUAUUAUAUCAAGUUCACGUCGUGAAGGUAGUGUACGAGAUCCUGAUGAACAUGAAAAAAUGUUACGUUUAUUUGUUGUUAUACCAAAACAUAUGACAAAAGAUGAUCUACGUAAAGUUUUCCAGAAAUAUGGUUCAAUAAUUAAUAUCAAAGUUAUUGUUGAUAAAUUAACUGGUGAAAAUAAAGGUUUUGCUUAUAUAUCAUUUUCAAAAGCAUCUGAAGCAGCUUAUGCACUUGAAGAAUGUGAUCCAAGUUAUAAACCAAAAUUCGCUGAACCAUUUUCUUCCAAACGUCAUCGUGAUAAUGAAGAUGCAUUACCUUCUUCAGCUUCAAUCUACGGAGCUGUUUCACCUCCUUAUCGACAAAAAAUGUCAUCGGGUAAACAACAUCCAUCACCAUCGUCAAAUUCAAAUGAUCAUAGACCAUCACCGCCUCCUCUACUCCCGUUACCAACACGUUCAUUAUCGAAUAAUGACUCAAAUCAAUCAUCUACACUUUCACCAGUCAGUAAUAGUUAUCAUUUGCUGGAGAUUAAUAAUGAACGUCGCUUAAUUGUUCGUUGUGGAAUGACAAUUACUAAUUAUCAUAUAUCAAAAUUAUUUGAUCUUGUACCAAAUAUGGAAGAAUGCUCACCAGUUACUCUAAAUACUUUUAAUGAACAUUAUUUUAUUGUACGUUACAAAACUUGUCAAUUUGCUACAUAUGCACGUGAAAAACUGCAUGCAUUUCAAUUUCCGGAUGGUGAAAUUUUAUCCGUACAAUAUUAUGAUGAAAAAAUUGUCAAUGAUUUGAUUCAUCAAACACAAAAUGGAAAAUACGGAGAUACAUCUGGUAUUGGUCAAUUAAUUCAUCAAAUGAGUAAUUUACAAGGAAGUCAAGAAGAAUAUGUAGAUUAUUGUAAUAUUCCAUUGCCAUCCAAACAAAAAUAUGCUUCAUUCGAUGCACCAGUUGCUAAAACUCUACAAAUAAUGCCUCAACGGCCUGUAUCUGAAGAUUAUAUUCGUGAUGUAUUUAAUCGUUUUGGAAAUUUAAUAGAUGUUCGUAUGGUAAAUCCUCAAUUAUGUUAUGUUAUGUUCAGUGAUGAACGUAGUGCUGAUACCGCGAUGGAAACAAUGAAUGGACAAGAAAUUGCAUUAGUUCGUAUACGUAUUAUUGAAAGUGAUAAAUCUGUUGAUUCAACAACAGCUUCUGUUAUGGAAGAAGCUUUCCGUAUUAAUCAAAGAAAAAGUCGAAAAGCAAGAAAUGAUGUUGCUGUGCAAGGCACAAACGAUUCAAGUAUAUUAUCAAAAGUAUCAAUGGUUAAACUAGGAUAUUUUGAGGAUUUAUUUCUUCGAGAAUUUGUUGAUAAAGAUGUAAGACGAUCACCAUCAAUAAAUCGAGGAUAUUAUAUUCGAAUGAAAGCAUUAGAAUAUGCUCUGAAUACGUUUUAUAGUGUCUAUGAUCAGAUGGAAGUACAGAUCGUUAAUUUAGGUGCUGGAUUUGAUGCAACUUGGUUUCGAUUAGAUGAAGAACGAAAACAACGUACACAUUUUAUCGAUAUUGAUUUUCCUGAAGUAAUGCAACGUAAAUUAGCAUUGAUAGAAGUUCGAUCACGUUUACAUGAACAAUUUGAACCAAUGCAUACCUUUAGUUCACUAGAUAAUUUUGCUGUAACUAAUGAAAAAUAUUCAUUAAUUGGUGUUGAUAUGCGUGAUUCAUUAACAUUAAAUACACUUUUACAAUCAGUUAAAGUUGAUGAAACUAAACCAACUUUAUUAAUAAGUGAAGUUGUUUUAACUUAUAUGGGACGUUCGAGUUGUAAUCGUGUCAUACAAUGGAUACUUGAUUUUUUUCAAGAAUGUAUUUUAUGCACUUAUGAACAGAUUUUACCAGAUGAUGGUUUUGGUCAAGUAAUGGUUGCACAUUUUGCUAAAUUAGGUUCACCAUUAAAAUGUAUUCAUCAAUAUCCAACAAGUGAAUCUCAAGUUCAACGUUAUACUCAUUUAGGUUUUGAUCUUUCAUUUUGUGUGAAUAUGCAUGAUUUCUACCGCAAUUAUUUAUCAUCUGAUGAACAUGAUCGUAUAGAGACAUUGGAACCAUUCGAUGAAAUUGAAGAAUGGCAAUCAAAAUGUGCUCAUUAUAUAUUAUUAUUUGGUUUAAGAACAUCAUCAAAUAUAUCAAAACAAUGGUUUGAACAAAUGACUAACGAUUGUAAAUCGAUUAUUCAUUCGAAAAAAGAUACUGUAAUUUCCAAUAAUAAUUUGAUUGAUGAGCAAUUUAAAGUUGAUACACAAUUUGAAGUUUAUCCAACAACAAUGACUUAUGCACAACGUUUUGGACAUCAAUCAAUAUUAAUUAAUGAGAAAUAUGUUUGGACUAUAGGAGGUUUUGGAACUGUAGAUGGAAGACAUAGAAGAUUGAAAACUAUUGAAGUAUUAAAUAUUGAUAAUGGACAUAUUCAAAGAUUAGAUAAUCAUUUGCUCGGUGAAUGUGUUUUUCAUACAUGUCAAGCAUCGGACAAUUUAAUCUUAGCUUUUUUCGGUCGUAAAAGCCCAGGAAUAUUAAAUUCUUGUACUUCCAUUGAUAUUAAUAGUCUUCAAACAUUGAAUUUUAAUGAAGAUGAAAAAAUUCUUCGACGUUGGCGUCAUUGUUCUUGUUAUAUAAAACAAACAGAUAAAAUAAUUAUAUUUGGUGGAAAAAUAAAUAUGUCGAAAUCAACAAAUGAUACAUUAUGUUUGCAAUCUAAUGGUGAACUCAUUCCUUCGCAAUUUUCACAAAUUAAACCAACAAAUCGAAAUUCAGCUCGUUUAAAUACUUAUAAACAUUUUGCUGUACUUACCGGUGGUUUAUUAGAAAAUGAGGAACCAACAAAUGAAAUUUGGCUAUUAGAUACAAGUAAAGAAAUAAUGACAUGGACAUUAUUUCAAACAAAUGGAACAAUUAUUCCUAGAUAUUCACAUAGUGCUGACAUUAUUGAUGAUACACUUUGGUUAUUAGGAGGAAUAAAUGCUCUUGAACGUAGACCACCAGGUUUAUGUAAAAUUAAUUUACUAACUGGUGAUGCUAUUGAGUAUACAAUACCGACAAUGUGUGUUGAACAUCCAAUUAUACUCUAUAAUCAUCAAACAGUACUUUUGAAUAAAACAACAUUUCUUAUAUUAGGUGGUGGUGGAAAUUGUUUUUCUUUUGGUGCAUUGAUAAAUCAACCGAUGAUACUUAAAUUUGAUCACUUAGUGAAUUGA